AGGGGGGUCAAGCAGAGGGGAUGAUUUUGUUUACAAAUUUCCUCUAUUUUAAGAUGCACUUUGAAAAGGAGGGAAACAUUGUAGUGGCUCCUGACUGUAUUUUGUUGGGAGGGAGGGCCCACCGCAAUGCCUGCCUCCCAGGGAUUCAGCUAACUUCAGAGUUGUAACUGAAGCUGCAGAGUUAGGGAAGGGAGAGUAUUUCAGACUUGUGUUUAAAUUUAUCUUUCAGAAAUAUCUGAAAUUCAAAGUUUAUUCAGGGAUAAGCCUUUUUUUCAGGCAGGGAGGUGGGGCUAUUUUGUGACUUCUGAGAACUGAUAGAAACCAAACUAGGCCGGGCUUCACCACCUUUUUGUCCUUGGCAAGCCUCUUCUUAGAGGCCUUUGCCUUAGCGUUACCAAGACUUGGGGAAAGAGAAGGGCACAUUCCCAUUUGGAAACCCUUCAUUAAGGUUCUGUCCCCAUUUCUUACCCCUCCCCUUUCAAUUCAACUGCACUCUGAUUGAUGUCACAAAUGGGCAUUUGUUGCAUUUCAAACUCGGGGCCCUUGGGCCUUGCUUUGCCUCCAUCCAGAUAUAUCUGUAAAAUCUCAGGAUAACUCAGAAGGCCUGAGGAUGUCUUAAUCCAUCUUCAAUAUUUAUUUAAAAUAUUAAGUGAAGUAUAUUAUAUAGAACAGUUUUAUGAAGUGCGUGCUAGAGAGAAUGUAAAUGGUGUCCACUUUACCCAGUCUCCUUGUUUUAGUACCGCUGUUUAGUGAACUGAAAGUGGGUAUUGGUACCAAAAACUUAUUUUUUUACUUUUGAACAACUUUGUAAAGUGGUGGAAUUAAAUCUUAAUGUAUUACUUGCUUCAUGUCCUAGGAAGAAUAUUUUAAGGGAUUUCAAAUACUUGCUUAGGACAUGUGCUGGCAGUGCUUCUGUGGGUGGUGAAAGAACUUCAGGGUCUCCUUUAGGCAGGCCAGACUUCUGACUCUCAUUGUAAAGAGAAGCUUAGAGCCCUGACAAAGGCGCCUCAUCUGAAGGAACAAUCUGUAUAACUGCACCUGCGUCUGGUAGUGGGAACCAGCCAGGGAGGGUGGGGUCUUUGUAAGCAGAAGGCCAAAGCAGUGCAAGGCUGUACGGAGCUUUGCAGUCUUAUGAGACACAAGAUACACACUCAUACCACCUGGGGGUUUAGAUGCCAGGAGUGUAAAUUUGUUACUUGCCCUAAACAAGGGCAAUGGAGAGAUACUUAGGUGCCUAUAGAAGUUUGAAAUAUGCACCACCAUUUGGCGCUUCCUUUGGAGGCUGAAAGGGCAUCCUUUGGCUUCUGAUCCUUCCCUGGGCCAUAGGGUACCUCCUCAGUGUGGAAAUAUGGUUUUGUACUAGAAAAACAGAAUCCUGAUUUUAAAAAAAACUCUCCAAACAGUGUUAAUGGGGUUGCACAGCAUGAUGGUAGGACUUCACAGGAAAAUUCACACUUGAAAUAUACCCACGGAUGGAUGUUCCCAUAAGCAAUAAAUACACAGGACUUACACCUGUCUCUUCAGCUUCUUCCAUAGUCUCAGCUACAGGCAGUAAGUAGGUACUGUUCUUUGGCACUGUCAGCUGUGUCUGCCAUGCAUCCCAGUUUCCUCUCCAUGUGAUUUACAGAAAGUAAAUCUUUUUGUGGUUCAAAAGCAUGGCUUUGCCAAAUCAGGUCAAGGGUUCUUAUCAAUAUUAAAGAGUGUUACAACCCAAAAUGUAAAGUAGAGGAAGUAGGUAUAUCAUAUUGCCUGUUUGGGUUAGUUUUCUAGGUCAAAAGUCUCAGACCCUUGGUUGUCCUACCUGCCAUGGAACUGUACUGGUAAAAUGUUUGUGAACCUUUCAUGCCCUUUGGGGCUCAUCCCACUGUAUUUACCUGAAUUCGUAUUAAACUUACAAACCUGCUCAGACUCUUUCUGUUCAGACUCUUUCUUAAAGUGGUUUCUUUUUCUGAAGCUAUUUUAGUCCCAUUUAGGAAUGAAGACAACUAUACAGCAUAUGCCAACAAAAUUAAGGACCACCAAGCUUUUGCAUCACAGCUCAAAGAACUGUGAACCUGUACUUUUCAACUGCCAUUUUUCAUUGUCACAAUCCUGUGCAACCAUUUUCUUGAUCUCUUCUGUGUACACUGAAUUGAGGGCUCUUGCUGAUAUUGGUGAGCUUUCUGUAGGAACAUUUUGUGAAUUCAAACCAAUUUCUUAGACUAGUUUCUGUCCUUAAAGGCCUUCCAUACAAGCUCAAGUAGGAAUAAAAAUAUUUUUUUCAAUUCUUGACCUAUAUGUAUGCUACUUGUGGCAAAUAUCUGGACACAUAUCAAAUCUGCAUUUCCCCACUUCCCUAUUUAAUAUCACCACAGAAAAAGCAAAAAUUUAAGUACUCUUAACAGAGCAUUACCUGAAUGUCAAUAGGCAAAUGCCCCAGAUACACCUGAACAUUUUUUACCUAUGCCAUAGCUGCCCCCGCAAAUGAUGGUGUUAGCUCACAUUUCUACUGAUUUUUGCAAAGUACUUUUAACAAUCCUGUGAGGGAGACAGGUAAAUUUACUCUCAUUUUAUAUAGGGGAGAAAGGAACUCUAAAUCAUGCCCAUAGCUGCAUGGCUAAUAAAUGGAGUUGAGUUGGACUCAUCAGCAUGUUAAUAAGCAAGGUUUUUACAAAAUUAAACUGGUAUGUGUAUAUACAUGCUCAUACAAAGUUUGGAAGAAGCUUGACAUAGAUCUCAGCUAGGCCCUGUAAAUUGGGUGCCUGUUCUAGGAGGGACUGUGACAGAAGCUCUCUCCACCUGGAGAAGAGGGAGAUCUGGCUGGUCUUGCCCUGGGAUAUCAGUGUCAGGUGACAUGGGGGGAGGAGGGGUAGAUCUGAGGGUCCUCCGGGAAGAUUCUGAUUGUUCAGCUUUGAUGGACACAUCCUUGGGUUUCUGUGGCUGGCUCUAAGGAGCCAGGUUGGGCAGGGCCAAGCACAAUCCAGACAUUGUGAGUGGGAGCAGAGUAGGCUGCAGCAUGGAGGCACAGAGCAGCGGACCUGGGGUUCAGAGGCAAAGGCCCUCCAAGGUGAGCUCCAAGCUGCCUAUAGGGUCACACUGGCCAGUCCUAGGCCUGGCACUGCUGCUACUGUUGCUGGCUUUGGCUGGAGCUGUGGUCGGGGGGCUCCUUGGCUUGGCACACAGCCCUGCUGAGCCUAUACUGCAGGCUGUCCGAUGGGCCUUCUUGAGUCCUCCUACCUCCUGGCCCAACCAGACUGCCACAGUGGACCCAGCCCAGGACACAGUGACCUAUGUGGUGACUCCACCUCAGAACAACCAUAGCUGGGCUGUGCUAUUUGACAGCCACAAUGGUUUUGUGUGUUAUCGCCCUGGGGAACAAAAGUCCUGCUUUCUGCGGAGCAUGGAGACCUGGGAGCGAGAAGCCCUGCAGCUGGUCCUCAACACCUCUCAGGUUGACUGGCCACUGGGUCCCAACAAAGAUACCAGAUAUACUCAAGAGUUUUUGGGGGUGCUAGGGGGGCAUGAAGUGGACCCUGCUCUAGUAGGAGGACCAGUUCAACACCUUUGUGACCAACUUCCUAUCUACUGGGUGCAAAGAGCAGAAGGUUCACGGAAACAGAGGUUAAUUUAUCUCUGCAUUGACAUUUGUUUUCCAAGCAACAUUUGUGUAUCUGUCUGCUUUUAUUACCUUCCAGAUUAGGAAUAAAUAGCUUCAGGACUAGGCACCUUGGGCUAUCCUCUCUGCCCUGCCUGCCCCAGUCUGUCCCUGGUCAAUGAAGAAUCAGGGACUAAAGCAGGAACAUAAUCCCCUCCCCAGAUCCAUGGGUGGGGGCAGCUGUCCUUAGUGCCAAGCCAGAGGGCUGUAGGCCAGGUUGGAAAAUUUCUCUACUGGAAAUGAAGGUUUCUUCAUUAACAUGGGAGAUGCCAGGGAGAGCUUGGUUUUAGUCCUGAAUAAAAUGAUCACAAAUGGCUGAUCCUGUGCUGACUUGAUGGCUUGGACAUCCCGACCUUUGGAGUUUUGCAGUUUCUUUCUGGGAUUAGGAGAAUCAAUCCAGUGCCCUUCUAUUUUAUGGAAGUUCCAUCCCAGCUUUAGGGAUACCAGAGUUCCUAACCCUUCCACCUCUCAUCAGCCAUGCUCCGUCCCCAUUGUCCCAAGUUUCCAGGGCCAGUCCCAACCCCUUUCUGUUUUCCAAUAGCUCAGCUGGACUGGGCCCUACCUGGAUUUAUUCUUUCUACACCAAACUCCAUGUAUGGACAGAGUUAGGUUAGGUUUAAGAAUAAAGUUGAGGGGCAGCUAGGUGGUGUAGUGGAUAGAGCACCAGCCCUGAAGUCAGGAGGACCUGAGUUCAAAUCUGGCCUCAGACACGUAACACUUCCUAGUUGUGUGACCCUGG